AUGCAGUUAAAAGACCGUUGUUUAGUUGUUGUUGCACUAAUCACAGGUCGUAACUUUCCUAAUCGACCUACAUAUCAUUUAGUAUGUGAAGCCAAGUUCAAUAAUGAAGUUUUAUCAACUGAUCCAGUUGAACAUAAUGAAGAACCCCAAUUUGAACAGGAACUUGCUUGGGAUUUAGAUAAAACAAGUUUAAAACAACAUCGUUUACAACGAAGUGCAUUGAAAGUAACGGUAUCCGCUGUUGACAGCCAAUCACCAGUUAAAGAACCAAUUGGAUUUUUCAUGUUAGAUUUACGUUCAUGUUCUACUGAAAAAGUCUACAAAUGGUAUCGAAUUCUGCAUAGUAAAUAUAAAAGCAGUCCAGCUGUAUUUGCUUCAAUUUAUUUAGAUAUUGAAGGACAAGAACUUGUUCCAAAUCCAAAAAUCAAAACAGGUUUAGCGAUGAGCCUAUCAGAAGCUGAUUUAAUACCUCGUGUUUAUAAUUCAGAAGAAGAUAAUCAACACUUUUCAAUACCUACAACAAUGGCAAAUAUACAAUCAACAAAUAUCACUUGGUAUACAAUUGGUCCAAGGCGUUUAGCAAAAGAAUAUUUUAUGUUAACUUUUCAGUUUGAAGAAGCUUUUAAAUUAGAAUCAUUAAUUCCAACUGAACAAAGUUUAUGUUCAGGUGAACAUAUUGGUGGAUUUCAUUUUACAUGUGAACUAUUUGGUAUUACAAUUUACUCUAAUCAAUUCAGUCAAUUAAUGCAAGUGAAAUUUAAUCCAAUCGAACAAACUUUCUAUAUUAAAUCAACAGUUGAUAUUCUACGUAUUUAUUUUGUGCAUAUUACUCCAUUAGUGAUCAAAUUUUGUUUUGGAAGUCAUGUAUUAGCACAUGCAACUGUUCCAGUAGAACAACUAAUACCGUUCAAUGAUCAUAUACUACAGAAUACUGCUGUAUUAAAUAAAAGUUUUGACCUUAUAUCCGAAGAAUCUGAUCAACAAUUAAAAGAAUAUCAAAGUAAGCAUACUGAAGAUAAACCACGUGUCAAUAUAAACAUAACACUUCGACGAUAUCCUGAUAAAAAUGCAAUACAACAACGAUCGAUCAUGACAAAUAAUAAUAAUAAUAGUAGCAGAAGAUUGCGCAAUAUGACAGAUUCAUUGAAUCAUAUUUCUUCACUGAAUCUCGAUCCAUAUGCAGAUGUAAAUACAGUGUGUUCGAAUGUAAAUGAAAAUUAUGAUCAGUUUGUAACUUCGUUACCGGAGGGAAAAACACUUAAACAAUCCAGUAGAACACUUGAACGUGAUGAUUAUUUAUGUCCAUCAAAACUACUGAACGUUUAUCAGUCAAUGGAUGGUACACCCAAUUGGCAUCGUUAUUGUUACACUAUUGAACUAAGAAGUGUAAAAAAUAUUCAAGGUUUCGACCAUGAGUUACAACUUUACGCCAGAUAUGUAUAUCCAUUGUUUGGAAGUGGAGCCCCAGUUAUGACACUUCCACCAAUAGCCGUAGCCAGACAUCAAGAGGUUAUUCUUCCGCAUGGGUUUUGUGCCUUCGAGUUUGCUGCAUCGCCUGAAGAAUUAAAAACUCGUCUUAAUGACAAUCCAUUGAAAGUGGAAUUUUUCGAUCGAUCACAAGGUACUUUAGCAACAGAUUCCUUCAUUGGAUAUUCCCUUAUACCUUUAGUAUCAGUCUUUGAAUCAUCAAUUGUUAAAGCCACAAAAGAAUCGUCUACUUUAGUCAGACGUAUAAAUGAUAAUGUUGACAUGUUAGCUGAACAAAGCAAUACAAAUGAAUUAAAAGUUGUUGGACAACUUGUCUAUUCAUUACAGUUAGAAGAUUUUGGUGCACAUACUGUAGAUAGUAAUGCAGCUAUAUUGGAUAUGACAAAGGGAUUAGUUCAUCAAAUAAAUGAUGAAAUCAAGUCUGAACCUUCAGAUAUACGAUCAACCCGUGAAUAUCAAGUGGCUAUUGAGCUAGAACUGUGGCGUGCAGCAGAAGAAGCCAAAUUCAUUGCUCAAUUAAAGAAACGAGAACAGACACUGAUGGCUACACUUGCUGAAGAAUGGCAUAAAAGAGAUAGUCAACGCGAAAUUAUAUGUCGUAAAAAGCUUUCUGAAUAUCAAGCUCUGGAGGAAAAAUUGCGCAAUACACUCAUUGAACUUGCUACUAGAGAGCGUCAGCUAACCGCAGGUGAGGCAGAAUUGGUACGCCUGAAACAAGAAAAUGCAAGGGAAUUGGAAGUUAGACGCAAAGAAUUGAAUCAACAGUCUCAAGUUCAGAUUCGCGAUUUAGAAAGUCAAAUGAAAUUGGAGAAAAAAAACUCUGAACAUUGGAAGUCACAAAUAGUUGAAUGGCGAAGUAAGUAUGCUUCUCUGGAGGAAGAGAAUAACAGUUUAAGAAAUGAAAUAAACUGCAGAUUGAAAAAGUCGGUAGAUAACAAAGCGUCCAACGAAACACCUUCAAUAAACAAUGAAGUAGCCCGACUGACUGCAGAAUUAGCAGUUGCUCGGGCUACACUAUCCGAAACAGAAUGCCGUUUAGUUGAAGUAGAACGUGGUCGAGCAAGAUACCGUCAGUUAUGGACGAAAUCUCUGCAUGAACUAGCCAAGGUAAAACAAGAAGCAGAUGAAGCUACUCGAAUUUCACUGGCACAAAAAGAAGCAGAACUUGAACAACUAAAGUCUUACUAUUUAAAUGUUGAUGAAAAACAACCAACUAGCCAAGAUUUAAAAGAAGCGACAGACUUGGAACGAUCCAAAAUGAAUGAAGAAAUGACUACUGAAAUAAACGUUUCUGAUGUAAAGUCUGUGGUGGAUGAGAAAAUCGAAGCACAAAUUACUCGGCUGAUUGAAGAACGUGACGGUCUACUAAAUACUGGUGUUUACGAAAAUAGUGAUUCUUUAAUUGUUGAUCUUGAUCGACAAAUCAGAUACCUUUUAGGGAAAAUAUAA